AUCGUAAGACUACCCAGAAGGUGGGCAGAUUCUGUCUUUUCGUUCUCAGACAUGGGCACACCUCAGAAGGAUGUUACCAUCAAGUCUGAUGCACCUGUCACCCUUUUACUGGAGAAACAUGCAGACUAUAUUGCAUCCUAUGGCUCAAAGAAAGAUGAUUAUGAAUACUGUAUGUCUGAGUAUUUGAGAAUGAGCGGCAUCUAUUGGGGUCUGACAGUAAUGGAUCUCAUGGGACAACUUGAUCGGAUGAAUAGAGAAGAAAUUCUGACAUUUAUUAAGUCAUGCCAACAUGAGUGUGGUGGAAUAAGUGCUAGCAUUGGACAUGAUCCUCAUCUUUUGUAUACUCUUAGUGCUGUCCAGAUUCUUACUCUUUAUGAUAGUAUUAAUGUUAUUGAUAUAAAUAAGGUUGUGGAAUAUGUUCAAAGUCUACAGAAAGAAGAUGGUUCUUUUGCUGGAGACAUUUGGGGAGAAAUCGAUACAAGAUUCUCCUUUUGUGCAGUAGCGACUCUGGCGCUGUUGGGGAAACUUGAUGCUAUUAAUGUGGAAAAGGCAAUUGAAUUUGUUUUAUCCUGUAUGAACUUUGAUGGUGGAUUUGGUUGUAGACCUGGUUCUGAAUCCCAUGCUGGACAGAUCUAUUGUUGCACAGGAUUCCUGGCUAUUACUAGUCAGUUGCAUCAAGUAAAUUCUGAUUUACUUGGUUGGUGGCUUUGUGAACGACAGUUGCCUUCAGGCGGACUCAAUGGAAGACCAGAGAAGUUACCAGAUGUGUGUUAUUCAUGGUGGGUAUUGGCUUCCUUAAAGAUAAUUGGAAGACUUCAUUGGAUUGACAGAGAGAAACUUCGAAGUUUCAUCUUGGCAUGUCAAGAUGAAGAAACUGGAGGGUUUGCAGACAGGCCAGGAGACAUGGUGGAUCCUUUUCAUACAUUAUUUGGCAUUGCUGGAUUGUCACUUUUGGGAGAAGAACAGAUUAAACCUGUUAGUCCUGUUUUUUGCAUGCCUGAAGAAGUGCUUCGAAGAGUGAAUGUUCAGCCUGAACUAGUGAGCUAGUUCAGAUUGUUGAUGGAAAAGAACUAAAGUUUUGCCAUCUCAACAUUUCUGUUUUUGAACCUAAAAAUUACUGCUAAUAUUUUGUAUAUUAAAUUAAUUUUAAUAAAUUAUAUAAUUAUACAUACUAUAAAAUAAAGGCAUGUAUUGCAUUUUCCGUUUUAGAUUACCUUCCUGAAAUGCUGUUAUUUAGAGUGGUUUUUUGUUUUUACUUAAGUGUGUUAUUCAUAUCUCCAUACAGGAAACUUAAAAGAAGUUGGGUUUUACUUGAUUUCUUUGAAUGUGCUUCUGUAUUCAAUAACCAUAGUUGAUGUAAAUUGGUUUGUGUCAACAAGAAUGUUCACAGAUGCAAAUGGAUGAACUAUAUAUAUGAAUUAAAAGAUGUACAAAAUAA